AUGCCGUCGAAACAGAAAAAAUCCGCAGCUUCAGGAGAAACUGAAGAGGUUGAUGACGAAGUGGAGGAAACAGAGCCAAAGUUAAAGGAGAGGAGUAAUGGUGUGACCCACGAGGACACGGCAAAGGGAGAUAAGACUCGGAAGAAACACAAGACCGCAGAAAAGUCUGAGGAUCAGGAGGCUUCAGAGAAAGAGAAGAAGGAGGGUGACAAAGACAAGGAGAGGAAGAAGAAAAAGAAAGAUGCGGGUGCUGUGAUUGACAAUGAGGAUGAAGGAGGUGAGCAGAACAAUAAUGAUCCCACGACCACUUCCAAAAAGGAAAAAUCAGAGAAGCUCAAAGAGGAAAAAAAGAAAAAGAAGAAGGCAAAGAAGGGGUCUGCGGACAGCGACGAAGACAAAAAGAAAAAGGGGAAGAAAUCCAAAAACAAACAGGUCGACUAUGCUGCGAUUUACCAGAAUGAGCUUCUGAACUACCACACGGACUCAUCUGAUGGAUAUGAGGAUGAGUACUACAAAAAGAAAGUGUAUGAGGUGGUCGCUGUCACAGGUGAUGUAAAGGGAGCUGGGACAGAUGCUAAUGUAUUUGUGACCCUUUUUGGAGAAUUUGGUGUCACUCCCAAGGUUCACCUAGCAAGCAAAAGUCGCACUGCAUUUGAGAAGAACAAGACUGAUGUUUUCCGUAUUAAAACACACAAUGUGGGGCCUCUGAAAAAGCUAAGGAUCGAGCACGACAACACUGGGAUGAACGCCAGCUGGUUCUUGGACAGGGUGGUGGUGACCGACAUGAACCGGCCCCAUCUGCGAUUCUAUUUUGCCUGCAACAACUGGCUGAGUCGGGAGGAGGGUGACAACCUGUUUGUCAGAGACCUGCUGGGCAGCCUGAACCCAAUGGAUGUCCCCAAAUUGAAUAAAUACAUAGUAAGUGUCUUCACCGCAGACAUGAAGGGAAGUGGGACUGAUGCAGAUGUUUUUCUGAAUAUCUUUGGAGAGAAUGGUGAUACAGGGGAAAGACGGCUAGACAGCGACAAAGACAACUUUGAACGUGGAUCAGAGGACAAGUUUACAAUAGAAGCACCAAAUUUAGGGAGGCUGAGAAAAAUCACCAUUGGCCACAACAAUAGAGGUUCAUCAGCCGGGUGGUUUCUAGAUAAGGUGGUGAUUGAUGACAUGGGAAAUAAAGAAGUUUAUGAGUUUCCUGUUAAUCGUUGGUUUGCCAUGGAUGAAGAUGACGGCAAAAUUCAAAGAGAUGUGUUGGUAGGAUCACUUCAGCCAAUGGGUAUUAUAUACAAUGUACAAGUGAUGACUGGAAAUGUGAGAGGUGCAGGCACCAACUCCAAGAUCCACUUCGUCAUGCAUGGCUCCAAGGGCUCAAAAAAUAGUGGCAAAGUCUUCCUGGAGGGUGGUGCUUUUGAGCGUGGUCUCAUUGACAUUUUCAACGUGGAGAUUUGUGAAUUGAUCAGCCCUCUCAGCAGGGUCACUAUCGGACAUGACAAUGGGGCUGUGGGUGCCGGAUGGUACUGUGAAAAGGUUGUAGUGUACUGUCCAUUCACUGGCAUUGAGCAGACAUUUCCGUGUGGGAUGUGGCUGGAUGAAGAUGAGGGGGAUGGACUGAUUGAGAGGGAGCUGUAUGAGAUGGUUUCUCUAAGGCAGAAGAAACAGAAGAAGUACCCAUGGUCCCUGUGGAUUUGGACAUCAGAUGUGAAGGGGGCAGGGACUGAUGCUCAGGUGUUUCUGCAGAUUUACGGAGAGACGGGCAAGUCAGAUGAGAUCAAACUGGAAAACAACUCAGACAGUUUUGAACAGGGCCAGCUUGAUAAGUUCAUGAUUGAAAUGCCAGACAUAGGGCGACUGACGAAAGUGCGUAUCUGGCACGAGAAGAGACAUCCAUUUGCUGGCUGGCAUUUAGCAAGGCUCACUGUGCUGAAGACCCUGACAAUGGAGAAAUAUUCUUUUGAAUGUGGUCGUUGGCUGGACAUUAAUGAAGAUGACAAUGAGAUUGUGAGAGAGAUGCCAGCAACUGGAGCACUCAUCGAGGAUCCACUGCCCUUGAUAAAGUACCGCGUCACCAUCUGCACUGGUAACGUCAGUGGCAGCGGCACAGAUGCCACCGUCUUCCUUAACGUUAUUGGUGACCUGGGUGACACAGGAGAGCGCCUCAUGAUCACAAGCAAAAACAAUGUCAACAAAUUUGAAAAGGGCAAUCACGAUGAGUUUCUCAUUGAGUCCGUGACUGUGGGCCAGGUGCGCAGGGUGCGGGUGGGUCACGAUGGUCGUGGCGGAGGCUGUGGUUGGUUCCUUGAUAAGGUCAUGGUCAGAGAGGAGGGCCAGCCAGAGUCUAUGGCCAUUGAGUUUCCCUGUAACAGGUGGUUGGAUCGUAAUGAGGAUGAUGGACAGAUUGUUCGUGAGUUAGUUCCUGCUGGAGAUGGUCUACGUCUGUUUAAUGUGAACUACCAUAUAGCAAUCAAGACAGGCAGUGUGAACGGGGCCAGCUCUGACUCCAGAGUGUUUGUCAAGCUGUACGGGGAGAAGUGUGAUACUAACAAAAUCAUACUGGCAGUGUCUGACAAUGACCUGAGAAACUACUUUGAGACAGGACGCACUGACAUCUUCAUCCUUGAAACCUUCGAUGUCGGAAAGAUCAACCGUCUUUUGAUUGGUCACACCAACGAGGGCCUGCGGGCUGGCUGGUUUUUGGACAGCGUGCAGAUCUCUGUGCCAGUUCAUGGGAUGGAGUACAUGUUCCCAAGUCACAGAUGGCUCUGCAAAGACGAGGCUGAUGGGAAGGUGGAGGUGGAGAUCUACCCCAGUGAGGUCCUAGAAAUUGAAAAAAUGAUCAACUAUGAAGUGACGGUGGUGACCGGGGACGUUCGUGCAGGUGGCACCAAUGCCAAUGUCUUCUGUCAAAUCUAUGGGGAUGAUGGGAAAACCGACGUUCUGUCUCUCAAAAGUCGCUCCAAUAACUUUGAGCGUGGCACCACUGAGAUCUUUAAGAUUGAAGCUCACGAUGUUGGUAAGAUCUACAAGAUACGUAUCUACCACGACGGGAAGGGAAUUGGAGACGGCUGGUUCCUGGAGACGGUGGAUAUCAGGAGACUGACGAUGGCUAUGGUGCAGAUUGAGGUGAAGAAGGAGGACACCAAGAAAGACAAGAAAAAAGACAAGAAGAAGAAAAAGAAAGAGGAGGAGGAGGUGGAGAUAAUUGAGGAGUUGCAGGAAGUGGUGGAGACAUUUAGUUUUCCUUGUAACCGCUGGCUGGCCAAGGAUGAGGAGGAUGGGGAGAUAGUGGUUGAGCUGCUUACUGAGGACAAUGAAGACCUGGAGGUGAACUCAUAUGAAGUUCAUGUGUUCACCGGCACCAUGUGGGGGGCGGGGACUGACGCCAAUGUUUACAUUAACAUCUAUGGGGAGAUUGGUGACACUGGGGAGAGAAAGCUCAGGAAGUCAAACAACUUGAACAAGUUUGAGAAAGGCAACGAGGAUGUUUUCACUAUCACUGCAGUAGACCUGGGGGUCUUGAAGAAGCUGCGGAUCCGACACGAUAACAGCCAGGCCAGCGCCGGCUGGUUUCUGGAUCGGGUAGAGAUUGUAGACAACAAAGAUGACACCACGUACUUUUUUCCUUGUAAACGCUGGUUGGCUGUCGAUGAAGAUGAUGGACAGCUUGCCAGGGAGCUUGUUCCUGUAGACGAGGCCUUCAUGAAGAAAGGGGACGAUGAUGAGGAAGACUCCGAAGCCACACUUGGACUGGAACAAAAGGCUAUGUCAACCACAUACACCGUCAGAAUAAAAACUGGUGACAAGAAGUACGCAGGGACUGAUGCUAAUGUCUUCAUGACCCUGUGCGGCGACAAAGACGAUACAGGGAUCAUUAACCUAAAGGCUUCAAAGACUUAUAAGAAUAAGUUUGAGCGAGGUUGCAUUGAUGAGUUCACCAUAGAAGCUGUGGACAUCGGACCUCUAAAGAAGAUCAGGAUUGGACACGACAACCGAGGAGGAUCCGCUGGCUGGUUUCUCGACUGGGUGGAUAUCGAUGCUCCGUCUCUGGGGCAGAAACUACGCUUCCCAUGUGGCCGUUGGUUAGAUAAAGGAGAGGAUGACGGUGCUAUUGUCAGGGACCUUUUUCCUAAUGCUCUCCAGACAGAGUAUUACACCCCAUUUGUGCCGUACGAGAUCAAAAUCUUCACAAGUGAUUUGUUUGGAGCCGGCACAGAUGCAGAUGUCUUCAUUGUCCUCUAUGGCCGAGAUGCAGUGUGUACACAGCAGAAGUGUCUGUGUGUCAACAAGAGAGAACGGAGGAUGUACUUUGAGAGGGGAGCCGAGGACAUGUUUAUAGUUGAGCUGGAAGACGUGGGGGAUAUAAUUGAGAAGAUCCGUAUCGGACAUGACAACCGUGGGGUCAACCCAGGCUGGCAUCUGGACCGAGUGGAGAUCAGACGUUUGCUCAGGAAGGGAAAGGGCUCAGAGACAGUCAUCUUCCCAUGUGAGCGUUGGCUUGCCAAGUCAGAGGACGAUGGAGAAACAGUGAGAGAGCUGGUACCCUCUGAUAUCAUCACUGAGAAACUCUCACGAGAUGGAAAUCUCAAAGUCACUGAAGUCGAGGUGGAUGAUGCCCUGGAGACUCACACAUACAAAGUGUCAGUGAUAACAGGUGAUGUUUAUGGCGCCGGCACCGACGCAAACGUCUUCCUCACCAUUUAUGGAGACCUGGGUGACACUGGAGAAAGGAAACUCAGCAAAUCAGAAACAAAUAGCAACAAGUUUGAACGAGGAUCUGUGGAUAAAUUCACUAUAGAGGCAGUUGACCUGGGCCAGGUUUUCAAGAUAAAAAUCCGCCAUGAUAACAGCAUGGUGAGCCCUGACUGGUACUUGGACCAGGUUGAGGUGGUGGAUGUGGAUACGGAAGAAGUCUUCCUCUUCUUGUGUGAACGCUGGUUGUCCAGAAAGAGGGAGGACAGAUGCAUUGAGAGGGUCUUCUAUGUCAAGGGCUAUGAGGGUGUGAGGGAGGGUCUGAACAGCAAAAAGAACUCAGCCCUGAUGGUGAAAAGUGUUGACAGUAACAUGAACAAGAAAAACAAGAAAAAGAAGGAAGAGGAAGUUGAGCUCCCAAUCAUACCAUACCACAUCACCAUUUGUACCGGGCUCGAUAGGGAUGCGAGCACCACCAGCAGGCCUUAUGUGAUCAUUAUCGGGGCCAAUCAGACCCAGACAGCGAGACUGUGGCUGGACCUGGAGGAUGGGCGGAAGGGCUUUGAGGCUGGCUCUCUAGAGAGCUUUGAGUCCCAGGGUUCAGACGUGGGGGAGAUCAAAAAGGUUGAGCUCGGUCAUGAUGGGGCCACUCCAGAGAGCUGCUGGCUCGUUGAUGAGCUGGCUGUUGCUGUGCCAACCAAAGGGGUUAAAUAUAUCUUUGCUUGUAAGUGCUGGCUGGCCAAAGAUCGUGGAGAUGGCUUGACUGCAAGAGUAUUCAAUGUGCUGGAUGCAGAGGCCAUUUCCAUCUUCCAGAAGGUCAUUUACGAGGUCACGGUGGUAACUGGAGAUGUGCAGAAUGCAGGCACAGACACCAUGAUCUUCAUGUCUGUGUUUGGGGCCAAUGGCAGCACAGAGGAGAUGCUGCUGCAGAAGAAUGAGGACAGGUUUGAGCGUGGUCAGGAAGACACAUUCACCAUGGAAAUUGAUGACAUCGCCCCACUGAGGAAAAUGAGACUUCGUAUUGAUGGCUCAGGCAGUCGACCUGACUGGUUUCUUGAUCAGGUAAUCCUGCGUGACCUGACCACAGAGGAGGUGUCUGUGUUCACCUAUGAAGACUGGCUUUCUAGGACUCGUGGACCCAAGAGAACCGUGAUCUGUGAAAUGCCAGCUGUGGUGGAUGAGGAGAUGAUGGUGGAGCCCACCACCUACAUCAUCCAGGUCAAGACCAGUGAUCUUUCAGGGGCAGGCACCGAUGCGAACGUGUGGAUCAUCAUUUUUGGAGAGAAUGGAGACACAGGGACACUGGCACUCAGAGAGUCCAGCAAAUCCAACAAGUUUGAACGCAAACAGGUGGACACGUUUCGCUUUACAGACAUCCUCAGCCUGGGGGAUCUCUCCAAAGUACGAGUCUGGCAUGACAAUACAGGUCCUGCUCCUGGAUGGCACUUAGAGUACAUAGACGUGAAGGAUGAGCUCAUGGAUAAAACAUUUCGUUUUCCCUCUGACCGGUGGCUCGCUAAAAAUGAAGAUGAUGGACAGAUAAUGAGAGAGCUGCCCUGCGCCAACAAUGACUACUUGGAUCUCAAUGAGAAGACAAAGUAUGAAAUUUGUGUCAGAACGGGAGACACGGCUGAGACUAAAGAAAAUGCCUGGAUUGUACUCGAGGGAAGGAAAGGCCGAUCAAAAGAAUUUGUUAUGGAGAACUCCUCAAAGAAGAAGAGGUUCUUGCGGGGAAAUGUUGACAGGUUUGAGUUCUCCUCCAAGAACCUGGGCGACAUCGCUGGUAUCUGUGUGGGCCACACACCCAAAGAUGGAAAGAAAGUAAAAGGAGAGGUUUUCUGGCAUUUGGAGGAGGUAGUUGUCACUGAAAGGGAGCUGGGAAACAAGUACAUCUUUAGUUGCAACUCCCUCAUCCCCCUCUCUCCGAAAAGGGAUGAUUCCCUGAACUUCGAGUGCACCAAGGCCAUCGAGAGCUUUGCCAGUAAAGCUCGAAGCCUCGUGCCCGUCAAGUACGAGAUCAUCGUAAUCACAGGCGAUGAGAAGGGAGCAGGUACAGAUGCCAACGUAUUCAUCACUGUUUAUGGCUCCAACGGAGAUUCGGGCCGCCGGCAACUGCGGCAGAAGUUCCGUAACCUCUUCGAACGUGAGCAGACGGACCGUUUCAUCCUGGAAAUGCUGGACAUGGGGGAGCUGCAGAAAGUUCGGGUAGAGCACGAUAAUUCUGGCGUCAGCCCAGGCUGGUUUCUGGAUCGUGUUGAAGUCACGAACACAGCCAAUGGUGUCACCACUAUCUUCCUCUGUGGGAAGUGGCUGGACACCAAGAGGGCUGACGGCCAGAUUGUCAGAGUGCUCUACCCCAAAUACUAGAAAACAAUGGUCUUUCUGUAAACUCUCAUGGCAAAGAAAGAUAAUUUUUAAAAACAUUGACCAAAGAGAUUCUGCUCCGGCACUUUCAUAUCUCAGGAAAUGAGACAUAAUUUUACAUUACUAUUUUUUAUGCUAUGAUGAGAUGUUUAUUACUGACAAUAGAGCCUUAAAAGAAAUACUGUGACAAUAUUAUCUGCGAUCAGGAAAUGGAAUGUGCCAUUCUUUUUAAAUUUCAUAGUAGCGUUGUCAUUAUGGACAUUUUAUAGAUGA